CUUCUUCAACUGACAUGGACAUGGUAUAAUCUCCACUGAGUCAAAGGAUGGCAUCUAGUUCUGUGCUUCCCCCCGAAGAUGGACAGGUUUCCCUGGGCAUCGAUGAUCUCCAUAUUUCACUGCAAGCUGAACAGGAGGACACUCAGAAGAAAACCUUCACCUGCUGGAUAAACUCACAGUUGGCAAAGCACACUCCUCCCUCAGUUAUAUCAGACCUAUUCACGGACGUUAAAAAGGGUCAUGUCCUCCUGGACCUGCUAGAAGUGCUCUCAGGACAACAGUUGCCUCGAGAUAAAGGAUCGAAUACAUUCCAGUGUAGAAUCAAUAUAGAACAUGCCCUGACAUUCCUAAAAAACCGAUCCAUCAAGCUAAUAAAUAUUCAUGUUACUGAUAUUAUAGACGGAAACCCAUCCAUUAUUCUUGGCUUAAUUUGGACAAUUAUACUGCACUUUCAUAUUGAGGAGCUUGCCCAGACUCUUUCUUGCAAUUACAAUCAACCUUCCCCGGACAGUGUGAGUGUGGUUGACUCAUCUCCUACCUCAAGUCCUCCAGCUAAGAAAUGCUCCAAAGCCAAAGAAAGAUGGCAGAUGUCUGCAAAGAAGGCUCUUCUCUUGUGGGCUCAGGAGCAAUGUGCCAUGUAUGAGUCUGUCAGUGUGACAGAUUUUAAGUCAAGCUGGAGAAAUGGGGUGGCUUUUUUGGCCAUCAUUCAUGCCUUGCGACCAGACCUAAUUGACAUGAAGAGUGUGAAGCAUAGAUCCAACAAAGACAAUCUGAAAGAGGCCUUUAGAAUCGCAGAACGAGAAUUAAAAAUCCCCAAACUGCUGGAACCGGAAGAUGUGGAUGUUGUUAAUCCUGAUGAAAAGUCAAUCAUGACCUAUGUGGCACAGUUUCUGCAGUAUUCAAAGAAUGCACCUGAGGCUGGAGAUAAAGCUCAGGGAAAGAUGAAAGAUGCUGUGGUCUGGUUAACUCUACAAGAGAAAAAACUACAGAAAGUGCUAAAGGAUUCAGAAAAUGAGACCUUCUUUAAAAAGUAUGAAAGCUUGCUGUCCUUUUUGGAGUUAUUCAAUGAAGAAAAAAACCUCUUUUUGGAUGUCCUGUCCAUGAAAAGGCAUCUGGAUGAGCUGAAUGAAGAUCAGUUACAGUUGAAAGAAGCCUGGGAUGGCCUCAACUACCAGAUUAAUGUGUGGAAAACACAGCUGAAUGAUGGCUUGCCAUCGCCCCUCCAUCAAAUCGAAGCUUGGCUCCAGGAGGUGGAGGAGCUUGUAGAUGAAGACUUGCCAGCCUUCCAGGAUUACUCUGAAGCCAUGGCUCUAAUGCAAGAGAAGAUUACUUUAUUCAAGAGUCUGAUGGAUAAAUUUGACUGUCAUUUGAAUACUCUCCUGGCAUUUGAAAAUAGAGAUGAAAAACAUUUGCCAUUGGUACCACCUAACAAAUUGGAGGAAAUGAAAAGACGAAUCAACAAGAUUUCAGGGAACAAAUUUGUUCCACUUCUAGAAUUUCAUUACUAUAAGUGCUCAGUUCUUGGUUUGCUAGAUGAAGUCAAGUCAAAAAUGGAUGUUUGGAACAGCAAAUAUGGGAGCAAAGAUUCUGUGGAAUUACUGCUGGAAGACUGGCACAAAUUUAUUGAAGAAAAGGAGUUCCUAGCUCAACUUGAAACUUCUUUUCAAAAAUGUGAAGAAAUUCAUAAGAAUUUGGCUGGAGAAUAUCAGAAUAUUAGUGAACAAUAUACGAUGGUGGAAUCUAAUCUUUGUAUGUAUAGAAAAAAUAUAUACAAUGUGAAGUCCACUCUACAACAAGUCCUGGCAUCCUGGGCUACUUAUGCGGAGAAGCUUCGCUUACUGAAGGCUUGUUUCGAGGAGACAAAGAAGGAACAAAUUACAGAGGUUCCCUUUGAGACACUAUCCCAGUGGAAUCUAGAACAUAUUACUUUAAAUGAAGUGGGAAAUUUCUUAAUUCAAGUCAGCAAUGAUGAAGUUGGAUCAUCUAUUUCUAAAGAACUGAGAAGGCUGAAUAAAAGAUGGAGAAAGUUUAUUACAAAAACUCAGCUUGAAAUGAACCUGCCACUUAUAAAAAAACAGGAUCAGCCCAUUCUUGACAAUUCUGGAAAUAUUCAACUAUCUAAAGAAGAAAAACCAACUGUUGAUUUUUCAACAGAUAUGUCACUAGAACUUCCUGAAAAUCACAAUCAGAAUAUAAAGGCUGAGGAAGAACGUGAAAAAGAAAAUGAAGAAGUCACAGGACAACUAAAAGUGGCUGAAGAGGUUGAAAAACUCAUUGGACAAGUGGAAGUCUGGGAGGCAGAAACCACAUCUGUUUUGGAUCUUCUGAGACAUCAAGAUGAUGUGGACACCUCAAUGGAAGAAUCUUUGCAGCAUCUUAUUGCCAAAGGCUCUAUGUAUGAAGAGCUUGUGUCUAGAACUGAAGACACUUUACAGAUGGAUGUACAAAAUAUUUCAAGCCAGGAGUCUCUGCAACAUGUUCUCACAGCUGGGCUUCAGGCAAAGAUUCAAGAAGCUAAAGAGAAAGUCCAGAUCAAUUUGGUAAAAUUAGGUGCAGUGUUGAAGGACUCAGCUAAUGUUUCACCAGACCUGGAUGUCAGGCUGAAGAUGGAAGAAGCACAGAAGGAACUUGAGUCAUACAUUACGAGAGCUGAGCAGUUACUUGGCCAAAGCGAGAGCCGGAGUGGACUAAUUUCAAAAUAUAAGGAAGCCCUAAUAAUUUUUAACACUAAAAGUCUGGCCAAGUAUUUGAAAGCUGUUGAAGAACUGAAAAAUAAUGUGACUGAGGAUGUAAAGCUGUCUUUGGAAGUAAAGAGUAGAGAUGUCUGUGCCAAGUGGGAGUCUCUUCAUCAUGAAAUGUCUUUGUAUAUUCAACAACUAAAAAUAGACAUUGAAAAAGGAAAACUUAGUGACAGUAUUUCAAAACUUGAAAAACAAAUAAAUAAAGAAAAGAAACUAAUUCGCAGAGGAAGGACCAAGGGUCUCAUCAAGGAACAUGAGGCCUGCUUUUCUGAGGAAGGCAGUCUGUACCAGCUUGAUCACCACAUGGACGUCCUGCGGGAGCUGUGUGAAGAGCUGACUUCACAGAAGAGUCAACAAGAACUGAGGAGAGUGCUCAAAGAUUAUGAACAAAAGAUAGAAAGGCUUCGGAAAAGUGCUUCUGAGAUUCAUAUGACACUGCAGCCUACGCUGGGAGGCACGUCAAAGAACAAGGGGAUCAUGAACACAUCUGAGAAUGGAGGAAGGAAUACCCACAGUGAGGUACCAUCUGCAAAAUCCGAUAAUCAGCCAUCAACUGAAAAGGCAAUGGAAUCGAUUAAGAAUUUUAGCCUGGAAUCUGAGUUAAAGCCUGCACAGGAAGAAAGCAUUAUGGAGAAGUGUGGAAAGGAUCACAGUGCAUCUGUGAAUAGUUUACUAGAGAGGUAUGAAACACACAGAGAAACUCUUGAACUACACCUGCAAAACAACAAAUUCAGGAUUACUUCUGAUUUCUCGAGUGACAAGGACAGAAGUAGCACUUGUCUGCAGGAAAAACUGACAGAUCUAUGGGUCUUAAAAAAUGAAACCGAUGCUUGCUGGAAAGAGUUUGAAAUCAUUUCAUUGAAGGUAGAAGAACUUGAGAGUGACAUAAAGAAGCCUUCUAUAGUUAAGGCAAGAGACAGAUUAAAGGAAAAAGAAAGAGAGCUUCAGAUGAAUCUUAACACCAGAAUGGAGUCUUUAGAGACCGCACUGCAGAUUGUGGUACCCGUGGAGAAGGAGUCGCUCCUUCUCUGUGGCUCAGACCUGCUCCUCCGUGAAAUGGCCAUUCAAGAAUUUCUUCUCAGUGAUGCUGAUGGCAUUUAUCAAAACCUGGGGAAUAUCCAAGAUUCCAUGGCAAAACAGAUUGAAAUAUGUAACAACUUGGAACAGUCAUGCAACUCUCCAUUAAAGGAAUUACACCCUCUUGAUCUACAUGCUGCACAGAAUAUUAUAUUGAAACACAGAACACAACUCGAAGAAAUGAACCACAAGGUGCAGAGGAGUAAAGAUGCCCUCAAAACUCUGGAAGAUUUUUUGGCUUCUCUGAGAACAGUUGAAAUCCCUUCUGAGCUUGUUACAAACCUUCCAGCCUCAGAUACACAGGUGGAACCAGAAAAUACUUUGACAGUAGAAAGUAAAGAGGAAGAAAUCCAUCUGAUGAAAGACAAGGCCAGACAUUUGGAUAAACGUUUGAAGAUGCUUGAUAUAAGCUUUAAAGAUGCUGAACGGGGUGAAGAUACCUCCUGUGAAAAACUUCUUGAUGCUGUGUCCAAAAACUUAUUUGAGACACAUGGCUAUGGCAGACAGGAGGAACUCACUGAAGAAGACAAAUUACUAGAGACAUGUAUUUUCAAAAAUAAUGAACUCCUGAAAAAUAUCCAAGAUGUGCACAAUCAAGUCAGUAAAAUUGGUCUGAAGGAUCCAACCGUUCCAGCUGUAAAACAAAGGAAAAAAUCAUUAAUCAGACUGGAUAAGGAUCUAGAUGAAUAUGAAGAAGAGAAGAAACACUUGCAAGAAAUGGCAAAUUCUCUUCCACAAUUCAAAGAUGGCAGAGAAAAAGCUCUGAAUCAACAGUGCCAAGAUACAGCACUCUUGUGGGAGAACACAAAAGCUUCGGUCAUUGAAUGCCUUGACCAAUGUGAAAGAGUUUUGGAGCUCUUAAAACAAUACCAGAAUUUUAAAAGUAUCUUGACAACUUUGAUUCAAAAAGAAGAGAAUGUCAUCUCCCUUCAGGCUUCAUACAUGGGAAAGGAGAACUUGAAGAAAAGGAUAGCAGAGAUUGAAAUUGUCAAAGAAGAAUUUAGUGAACAUUUAGAAGUUGUAGACAAGAUUAACCAGAUCUGCAAAAAUCUACAAUUUCAGCUAAAUAAAAUGAGAACCUUUGAAGAGCCUCCUUUUGAGAAAGAGGCUAAUAUUAUUGUGGAUAGAUGGCUUGAUAUAAAUGAGAAGACAGAAGACUACUAUGAAAAUCUUGGUCGAGCUCUUGCUUUAUGGGACAAACUUUUUAACUUAAAAAAUGUCAUUGAUGAGUGGACUGAAAAGGUCCUUCAAGAAAUGGAAUUACAUCAACUGACUGAAGAGGAAAGAGAAAAGCUGAAGGACGAGUUACAAGUCCAUGAACAAAACUCUUCAGAAUUUUCUAAAAGAGUGGCUAAAAUACAGUUUUUGCUUCAAAGUAGUGAAAUACCUCUUGAAUUGCAGGUCAUGGAGUCCUCUAUUUUGAACAAUAUAGAACAGGUGAAAAUGCGUUUAACAGGAGAAUCCAACUGCUGUGCACUCAGUGGCAGCACAGCUGAGCUAAGGGAGGAUCUGGACCAAGCCAAGACCCAGAUUGGAAUGACAGAGUCCCUCUUAAAAGCCCUGUCUCCUUCUGACAGCUUGGAGAUCUUUACUAAACUAGAGGAGAUACAACAGCAGAUUCUACAGCAAAAGCACAGUAUGAUAUUACUUGAGAAUCAAAUAGGUUGUCUGACUCCUGAACUCUCUGAAUUAAAAAAGCAAUAUGAAAGUGUCAGUGAUUUAUUUAAUACUAAAAAAAGUGUUUUGCAAGAUCACUUUUCCAAGUUACUGAAUGAUCAGUGCAAGAACUUUAAUGACUGGUUCAGCAACAUUAAAAUGAACCUUAAGGAGUGUUUUGAAUCAUCAGAAACAAAAAAGAGCAUGGAACAAAAGCUACAAAAACUUUCUGAUUUCUUGACUCUUGAAGGAAGAGGCAGUAAAAUACAGCAGGUGGAGACUGUACUGAAUCACGUGAAGAAACAUCUGCCCAAAGCACACAUUAAAGAGCUUAACAGUUGGAUUGUAAGUCAAGAAACUGAAUUAGAAAAAAUGGAGUCCAUAUGCCAGGUGCAAGCAAAGGAGCUUGAUGGCUACUUGCAGCAGCUACUGAGACUCCAGGAUGACCACAGAAACCUGAGUAAGUGGUUGACUAAUCAAGACGAGAAAUGGAAAGAAAUGGAAGAAUCAGGAGAGAAAACUGAGCUAUUUUGCCAAACUCUAGCCAGAAAGAGGGAACAGUUUGAAUCUAUGGCCCAGUUGAACAACUCUUUGAAGGAAUAUGGGCUUACUGAAGAAGAAGAAAUAAUAAUGGAAUCAACACAUUUGAUUGAUAGAUACCAGACAUUGAGACGGUUAUGUGAAACUGAUGAAGAUGAUAAGUUACUUCCUGCUGAGGACCAGAGCUUUAAAGAUCUUGCACAUGAUGUAAUUUGUUGGAUAACAGGGAUUAAAGAGUCCCUUAUGGUUUUGAAUUCAUCUGAAGGCAAAAUGACACUUGAGGAAAGAAUCCAAAAAAUAAAGGAAAUCAUUUUACUAAAGCCUGAAGGGGACGCUAAAAUACAGAGCAUCAUGAGUCAGGCUGAGAGCAGCAAGGCUCCCUUGGUUCCACAGACCCUUACUGAUAUCAAGAACCAGUGGGACAACACGCUCCGUUUAGCCAACACGUAUCUAAGCCAUCAAGAAAAGCUUCUACUAGAAGGAGAGAAGUAUUUGCAGAGUAAGGAGGAUCUGAGAUUAAUGCUCACAGAACUGAAAAAAAAACAAGAAGUGGGCUUUGCUCUGCAACAUGGUUUGCAGGAGAAGAAAGCUCAGUUAAAAAUUUAUAAGAAAUUUCUCCAGAAAGCACAAGAUUUGACAUCCUUGCUAAAGGAGUUAAAAUCUCAAGGAAAUUACCUCUUAGAGUGCACUAAAAACCCCAGCUUCAGUGAAGAGCCUUGGCUGGAAAUAAAGCAUCUACACGAAAGUCUUCUUCAACAACUACAGGACUCUGUUCAAAAAUUGGAAGGUCAUGUUCAAGAACACCACUCAUACCAGGUUUGCGUCAUAGACCUGAACUCUGCAUUGGACAACAUCUCCGAGGAAUUUGUCGGUUUUUCUGAUGAGCCUGUGGAUCAAAAAGCACUUGAGGAAAAACUGCAGAAACUGCAGGAACUAGAGGAUAGACUCAGUUUACAAGAUGGCAUGUUAGAAAAGAUUGUAGCUUUAGCAAAAUCCAUCAAGCAAAAUACAUCUUCAGUGGGACAGAAGAUUAUUAAAGAUGAUAUAAAAUCCCUUAAGUGUAAACAAAAAGAUUUGGAAAACAGACUUGAAUCUGCUAAGCAGGAGACGGAAAAUUGUCUCCACAGCAUUCUCAAAUCAAAAUGCUCAACAGAAAAGAAAGAAAAGUUGUCUUCAGCAGUCAGAGAGAAGCAGGUCACGUCUGCCGUACAGGAGUCCACUCAGAACUCAGCUGCAGUGGAAAAGUUGGAGGAAGACGGGGAAAUAAACAAGAAUUCAGCUGUGGAAAUGGUUUUAUCAAAACAACUUUCUCUUGAUGUUCAAGAAAGCAUGAAAAACACUGAAGAUGAGCAGAAAGUCAAUGAGCUGCAAAAUCAACCUUUAGAAUUAGAUGUUAUGUUAAGAAAUGAACAGUUAAAAGAGAUAGAGAAAUUAUAUACCCAGUUAGAAGCAAAGAAGGCAGCCAUUGAACCACUGGAACAAACUGAAGACCUCAACGAAACAGAAAUAAGUGCCUCAGUUCUCCCCAGUACAAGCUUUUCAGUGCACCACUUGGACCAUCUGCUUCAGGCGCUUAUUACUUUGAAGAAAAAUAAAGAAAGCCAAUGUUGUCUCCUUAAAGAUUUUCAGGAACACCUCACUGCAGUUGAAUCCUUAAUGAAAGCCUUGUUGACGGAAAAGGACAGUCUAAAAGUGGGAUCACUGGACAGUGCAACCUAUCUGGACAAAAUUAAAAAAUUCCUCACAUCAAUAGAAAAAGAGAAAUGUUCUUUAAGCAAGAUGAAAAUUGAAUGGGAAAAUUUAUCAAACUGUCUGACUGACAUGGAUAAGAAGAUGUUGGAAAGCCAGAUCAAGCAGCUUGAACAUGGUUGGGAACAAGUGGAACAACUGAUCCAAAAGAAGUAUACUCAACAAGUAGUGGAACACGAUGAAUUUACAUUUCUCAUGAGUAAGAUCCAAGACCUUGAGAUUUCUCUGCAGCAGCAGCAGCAGCAGUGUUUACAGUUAAGACUGAACUCUCCAGAACAGGAAGGGAACCUAAGCUUAAUUGACUUGGCCACUGAACUCCAGACUAUCAAGCAUAGAUUUUCUGUUUUAAAGGGGCGAGCUGAACUUCAGAUGAAGAGGAUUUGGGGAGAAAAAGAAAAGAAGAUUUUGGAAGAUGCAAUAAAUAAUUUGCAGCAGCACUUGGAAGCAUUGGAGCCGUUAAACAUAGAGGUGGAAAAUCAGAUCAAGAAGUGUGACGUAAGGACCAAGGUGAAGCAGACUGUCUUAUGGGUCAAGAAUCUGUUAGGCGAACUCAUUCCUACCAUUCCUCUUCUCCCAGAUGACAUUCUUUUGCAGAUCAGAAAAUGCAAAGUGAUGCACGAUGGCAUUCUGGAUAAGCAGCAGGCUGUGGAGUCGUUGGUUGAAGAGGUCAAAGAUAACAUUCCUAACCUUACAGCACAUGAAAGCAAUGAUUUAAAUAACCUCCUACAGAACUUACAAAAUCGAUACCAAAUGCUAGUUUUAAAAUCAACUCAAAGAUCACAGCAAUUAGAAUUUGAAUUGGAAGAAAGAAGCAAAUUUCUUGCAGUAAUAGAGAAGGUUCAGCGUUCACUUCACGGAAACGAAACACUGAUAAUUCCCAAAAUGGAAACAGCCUCAACAGAAGCUGAACUGGAACAUCAGUGUGUCACCUUGACGACUUCUCAGAAGGAACUGCAAGAAAUUGACAGUAUAAUCUCAGCACAUCUUCAGGAACUGACGAACAUCUAUAAGGAUCUAAGUGUGUUUGAAAAAUUAUUUUUGGAUGAUCAAUUGAAAAAUCUUAAGACUAGAGCCAACAGAACACAAAGAUUCAUUCAUAACAAAUGUAAUGAAGUAGAACACAAGAUAAAUUUUUACAGAGAAUUCCAUGAAAAAACAUCUGUGCUUCAGCAGGAGGUUGAUAAUAUACAGCACAAUGAACUGCUACUAAAUCAAGAAGUAAAUCAAGAUGUUAAAGAGGAGUUCUAUCAUCUCAAAGACCGACUCACUGGUAUUCAAUCUAGUAUCUUACAAGUAUUGAAACUUAAAGAAGCGUUUGACUGUGUAGGACUAAACUGGGAUUGUUCGCAACUUGACCAGUUACAAACCCUAGUAUUUGAAAAAGAAAAGGAACUUGAAGGAAAAAUUAGGCAGUUGGACACAUUUGUGGAAGAACAUGGCAAAUAUCAAACAUCAUUAAGUAAAUUGAGGGCUAUGGAUUUGCAAAUUAAGAAAAGGGCUGAAGCAGUACUAAAAACACCUUAUACUUCACCAGAAAGCAAUCUGCUCACUGCUCAGAUUUUGAAUCAGAGAAUCGAGAAAGCCAUGUGCUUGUAUCAUGAGAUAAUAAAGAAAUUAAGUGAAAAUAAAGCCUUUGAUGACUCAUUCAAAGAGAAAGAAAUACUACAAAUAAAACUGUAUGUAGAAGAAAAUGAUAAGUUACACACGGUUCUCCAAAACAUAGUAUUAGAAUUCCAACCGAAAGAAAUGGAUGAAAAGAAUUUUCAGGACAAACUGGAAAAUUCCUUACAUGUUUUAAAUCAGAUAAAAUCUCAAUUACAGCAGCCUUUACUUAUAAAUUUGAAAACUGAACAUAUUCAAAGUGAAAAGGAUAACUGUGAAGUGUUUCAAGAACAAGUUCAGGCAGAAAUGGAUAGCAUUAAGGCUGUGACUGUUACUGAGAAGCAAAGAGAAGAAAACUCUUCUGAAGUGAGUGAUAUGGAGAACAAAUUACGUGACGUUGAAGAUCUUCACAUGCAGCUUAACGCAAGCAUUGAUUUGCGCACAAAUGUCUUGAAUGAUGCUUAUGAAAAUACGACACGCUAUGAUGAAGCAGUCACCAGGGCGGUGGGGAUCAUCACUGCCCUUGAAGCCAUCUUUGCAUCCCAGAGGGUAGACCUUGUUAAUCCAGAAAAAUCACUAGAGAUGCCUCGCUGGAAGCAGGAGGAAUUGGAAUCCACAAUAGCAGUCAUCCAGGACCUCACCGAGAAACUGGGGACUAUAUCUAGCCCUGAAGCCAAACAACAACUUCAGUGUACUUUACAGGAAUUAGUUUCUAAAAACUCAGCCAUGAGGGAGACAGCCAAAGGAAAGGAAGCUGAAAUAGAAAGGUGUCUCGAGAAUUACAAAUGCUACAGAAAAAUUAAAGAGGAAAUUUACACUAACCUCGGCCAAAUGGAGACGGUUCUUGGGCAGUCCAUGUCCCCGUUGCCAGUGUCUUACAAAGAAGCUUUAGAACGCUUGGAACAGAGCAAGGCCUUGGUGUCAAAUCUUGUAUCAACCAAAGAAGAGCUGAUGAAACUACGACAGGUCCUCAGACACUUGAGGCCCACGUGCACAGACAGUGAUGGCGUAUGUCUGUUCAGAACAGUGUCGGCCCUCUGGGAGAAAUGGCUGAGUUUGCUGGAAGCUGCUAAAGAGUGGGAAAUGUGGUGUGAAGAACUUAAGCAGGAGUGGAAAUUUGUCAGUGAAGAAAUUGAACGAGAAGCAAUUAUUUUAGAUAAUCUUCAAGAAGAGCUCCCUGAAAGUUCCAAAACAAAAGAGGCAGCCACCACAGAGGAACUCUCUGAGCUGCUAGACUGUUUAUGCCAAUAUGAAGAGAAUGUGGAGAAGCAGCGGCUGUUACUGACUCUGCUUCUUCAGCGCAUAAAAAGCAUCCAGAACGCUCCUGAAUGCUUAGAGGCCGUGGAAACUGUGCCAGCAUUUCAAGAGAUUACCUCUAUGCAAGAACGAUGCAACAAGCUUUUUCAGAAAGCUCAAAGAAAUAAGGAAUUGAUGCAGAAUGAAAUUGAAGAAAGACAUGCUUUCGCAAAAGAAAUAGUUAGUUUGAAGAAUUUAUUUCGACAGACCACAACUUCUUUCCAAAAUAUAGCUAUACAAGACCACCCAGGAAAGGCAGAACAGUUUGAGGAGCUUCAAAGCAUUCUUAAUAAAGGGAAACUAACUUUUGAGAAUAUUAUGGAAAAACUGCGAAUCAAGUAUGCUGAAAUGUACACCAUAGUCCCUGCAGAGAUUGAAUCCCAGGUGGAAGAAUGCAGAAAAGCUUUAGAAGACGUAGAGGAGAAGGUUAGCAAUGAAGUCUUGAAAAGUUCACCAUCAUAUGCAAUGAAUAGAAAAAUAGAUGAAAUUAACAAUGGGCUUUAUAAUGUUGAAAAGAUGUUGCAACAGAAAAGCAAAAAUAUUGAGGAAGCUCAAGAAAUUCAAAAGAAAAUGUGGGAUGAGCUAGAUCUCUGGCAUUCCAAGCUAAAUGAGCUGGAUUCUGAAGUUCAGGACGUUGUUGAACAGGAUCCAGGACAGGCUCAAGAGUGGAUGGAUAAGCUGAUGGUUCCUUUCCAGCAGUAUCAGCAAGUAUCACAGAGAGCAGAAUCCAGAACCUCACAGUUAAAUAAGGCCACAAUUAAGAUGGAGGAGUAUCAUGAGCUUUUGAAGAGUACUGAGGCGUGGAUAGAAAAUACCAAUCGUUUGCUGGCUAAUCCUGCUGACUAUGACUCUUCCAAGACGCUGAGUCACCACGCUAGCACCCUUCAGAUGGCUUUGGAAGAUUCAGAACAGAAGCACAAUCUUUUACAUUCAAUCUUCACGGAUCUAGAAGACUUGUCAAUAAUUUUUGAAACAGAUGAUUUAGCACGGUCUGUACAAGAGUUAAGUCGUCAAGUGACAGCUUUACAACAAAAAAUCAUGGAAAGUCUUCCACAGAUUCAGCGAAUGGCUGAUGAUGUGGUUGCUAUUGAAACUGAAGUAAAAUCAAUGGAAAAAAGAGUUUCUAAAAUCAAAACUAUCCUGUUAUCAAAAGAAAUAUUUGAUUUUUCACCAGAAGAACAUCUUAAGCAUGGGGAGGUCAUACUUGAAAAUAUUCGUCCCAUGAAGAAAACCAUUGCUGAAAUAGCGUCUUACCGAGUGGAGCUGAGGGUACCCCAGGCGGGAAUGAAACCUCUGCCCGUGUUUCAGCGGACAGAUCAGCUUUUACAAGAUAUAAAACUGUUGGAAAAUGUGACUCGGGAACAAAAUGAGUUAUUAAAGAUAGUCAUAAAACAGACUAAUGAAUGCGAUGAGGAAAUAGAAAAUUUGAAGCAGAUGUUAAAUAAUUAUUCAGCUGAAUUCUCCCAUGAACAUAUGUCACCAGACCAAGCUACCAACCUGCCACAAGUACAGGGAGAAAUUGAAGGUAUGGAAAAGCAAAUUCUGAGUUUGAACCAGAAAAAGGAAGACCUGUUGGUGGACCUGAAAGCUGCUGUGCUAAACCUUCACCAGCAUUUACGGCAAGAACAGCAAGAAUCAGAAAAAGAAAUGCUGUCAGCUGGAGCAUCAGAAGAGGACGGAGUGGCUGAGAGGGAUGAUUCUGAGUGGAAGCUGAACAGAACAGGCUCCGUGACUUUCCUGCCAGUGGUUGAGGAAGAAGCAGAAGAGAGCUCCCUGAAGAGUGAAAAUGGAGAUGAGAAAGCAGAGACAUCUUCCGGGUCUUGGUCUUUACUCUGGAAGCAUGACAAGGACAUAGAGGAAGAUAGAACAUCCUCAUCCUCUGGAACGAUCAUUCAGGAGGCAGCUGGGAAAAUAAGCACAUGUGAUAGUGCCCUGGCACAAAUUCUUGUACCAGACUCACUAAACCCUGAGCAAGGCCCAGAAUUUUCCCUGAGUCCCAACCCAACAGAAGAGGGUGCCACACCUCCUAUCAAGGCCGCAGCUCUGGGCUUUUCUGACGAGCAAGGAGCUUUUGAGGCCACGGUGGAGAAACCUAGGCUAGAACCUACAGAGGUCCUCCAUGUCUGCAAGACCCAGGUGGCCGAGCUGGAGCUGUGGCUGCACCAAGCCAACGUGGCAUUCGAACCGGAAACAUUAAACGCAGACAUGCAGCAGGCGGUGGAACAGCAGCUGGCAGGGUGCCAGGCUAUGCUAACGGAGAUUGAGCACAAGGUUGCCUCUCUGUUAGAGAAUUGCAAAGGUCAGGGCCUGGGAGAUAGUGGAGCCACGCAACAGGAGGCUGAAGCGCUUUCCUUGAAACUAAAGACUGUGAAGUGCAAUUUGGAAAAAGUCCAGAUGAUGCUUCAGGAGAAAUACAGUGAGGACCAGCGUUCUACCGUUCUAAAGAAACCUCCAGAGCAUCAACAAGUUCUCCAACCAGAUAACCUUUCUGAAUUUGAAUCUGUUGUAACUGAAAGGCCACAGUUCAGCAGACAAAAAGAUUUCCAGCAGCAACAGGUUCGGGAGUUAAAUCCAACAGAACAGAAAGAUUUCAUCAAAUUCAUAGAAUUGAAUGCUAAGAAAACGUGGCUCCAGUAUUGCCAACAUGAUGAAGAUACAACUCAGAAAUCAUCCGUGAGCAAUAAGGCAUCUAGCCCCAAAAAUGAUGCUCCAGACUCGGUCUUGUCAACUCAGGGCCACAGUGGAGAUAAGUGGCAAUAUUUACAUCAUGAACUCUCGUCAAAAGUAAGGCUACCUCUACCUCAGCUUGUGGAGCCUCAGGUUGCCACAAAUAUGAGUAUUCUACCUAGUGUGAACAUGUAUAACUUUAGAUACCCAACAACUGAAGAACUGAAAACUUAUACCACCCAGCUUGAAGACCUGCGUCAAGAAGCAAAUAAUCUUCAGGCACAGGCCAUACUUGAUUUCAUUAACCCACUUUCUCCUAUAUUAAAAUGUGAGAGGUGGGCAGCAGUGGGAAGAGAGAUGGAAAACGUGGCAGAAGAAACAUGCAUAAAUUUGGAUAAAAAAUUAUUUGAACUAUUUCUGACUCUCAGUCAGUGCCUUGGCAGUGUGGAGGAGAUGCUGCAGACGCCUGGGCUCCUCAGAGAGGACGUUUGUGCCCAGCAGUUGCACUAUGAGACGCUGGCUCUUGAGUUGAAAAAACUUUACUUAGCUUUGAGUGACAAGAAGGAUGAUUUUUUGAAAGCCAUGACUUGGCCUGGCAAGAACACCAGCUUGUUCCUUGAAUGUUUUGAUAACCUCCAAGUCUACCUGGAGCACACCCAGGCUGCAGCUGCCUCUAGAAGCAGGUCCUUGAAAGCUGGCCUUGACUAUAAUCGCAGUUAUCAGAAUGAAAUAAAGCGAUUAUAUGAUCAACUUAUUAAGAAUAAAACAUCUUUACAACAGUCUUUGAAUGAAAUUAGUGGCCAGAGUAUUGAUGAACAGCUUCAGAAAGCAGAUGCAUAUACAGUGGAGCUGCAGAGCUCUGAGAGCCGAGUCGCAAAACUAAGAGAUGAAGGGGAGAGGCUUCAUUUACCUUAUGUUUUACUCCAAGAGGUUUACAAAUUAGAGGAUGUACUUGACAGUAUGUGGGGAAUCCUGAGAGCCAGGUACACAGAACUCAGCAGCCCUUUCAUCACUGAGAGCCAGCAAGAUGCUCUGUUGCAAGGCAUGGUGGAACUAGUGAAUAUCGGAAAGGAAAAGCUUGCUCACGAUCACUUACAACAAACCAAAAGUAAAGUUGCCUUACAGACUCAAAUACAAAACCACAAGCUUUUUUUCCAGAAGCUUGUUGCUGACAUGCUCUUGAUCCAGGCAUACUCCAACAAAAUGCUUCCCUCUUUAUUGCAAAAGAAAGAGACAUUUUGGGCGGAACAAGUAAAAGAAGUUAAAUUGCUAGAAGAAAAGUCACACCAACGUGGAAUAAAGCUGCAGUGUUUGUUACAGAAAUGGGGAGAAUUUGAUGAAAACUAUGCAUCUCUUGAAAAGGACCUGGAAAUUCUGGUAUCUACAUUGCCCUCUGUGAGUUUGGUGGAAGAGACAGAGGAAAGAUUAGUGGAGAGGAUUUCAUUUUACCAGCAAAUAAAAAGAAACAUUGACGAAAAGCAGGCCCGGCUGUAUCAGACUCUGAAUGCAGGCAAGCAGCUGGUGGCCUCUGUGGGCUGUCCUGAGCUAGAGGGUCAGACUGCACGACUGGAAGAGCAGUGGUUGUCCCUGAACAAAAACGUGGACCAUGAACUGCACAGACUGCAAACGCUUCUCAAGCAUCUGCUCAGUUAUAACAGAGAUUCGGGUCAGUUAACCAAAUGGUUGGAAUCUUCUCAGCAAACUCUGAAUUACUGGAAAGAACAGUCCCUGAAUGUGUCUCAGGACUUGGAUACAAUCAGGAGCAACAUAAACAGUUUUUUGGAAUUUUCAAAGGAACUGGAUGAAAAGUCCUCCUUGAAGACUGCCGUUAUAAGUACUGGGAACCAACUUCUUCACCUGAAAGAAGCUGAUACGGCUACACUGAGAGCUUCUUUAGCACAGUUUGAACAAAAGUGGACAAUGCUCAUAACUCAACUUCCAGAUAUUCAAGAAAAACUUCACCAGCUUCAGAUGGAGAAAUUGCCGUCUCGCAAAGCAAUCACAGAAAUGAUGAGCUGGAUGAACAAUGUGGAACGUCAAACUGCAGAUGAAAACUCUGAGCACUCACUGAGUUCUGCAUCUCAAGUUAAAAAUCUCCUUAAGAAGUACAAGGAGUUUAGAAUGGAAAUGGACUAUAAACAAUGGAUAGUUGACUUUGUUAACCAGUCAUUACUUCAGUUAAGCACCUGUGAUGUAGAAAGUAAGCGCUAUGAGAGAACAGAGUUUGCAGAGCACCUGGGAGAGAUGAACCGCCAGUGGCACUGGGUACACGGAACACUGAACAGAAAGAUACAACAUUUAGAACGACUUUUGGAAAGUAUCACAGAGAAUGAAAAUAAAAUACAGAUUUUGAACAACUGGAUGGAGGCACAAGAAGAGAGACUGAAAACUUUACAAAAACCUGAAAGUGUGAUCUCUGUGCAGAAGCUGCUCCUGGACUGUCAGGAUAUAGAAAAUCAACUUGCAAUGAAAUUUAAAGCCCUGGAUGAGCUGAGACAAAGUUACCUGACUUCAGAGAGUGGGACAAUGCCAUUGUUAGAAGAUACAGCAUCCAAAAUUGAUGGAUUAUUUCAAAAGAGGAGCACUGUUGUCAACCAGGUCAAUGAGCUCAAAACCUCCAUGCAGUCCAUUUUACAGGAGUGGAAGAUUUGCGAUAAACUCUAUGAUGAAGUGAACAUGAUGACAAUCCGAUUCUUGUACUGCAUGGAACACAGCAAGCCUGUGGUUUUGUCAUUGGAGGCCUUGACAUGUCAGGUGCAGAGCCUUCAGUCUCUUCAAGACGAAGCUGAGAGUAGUGAAGGGAGUUGGAGGAAACUCCAGGAGGUUAUUGGAAAACUCAAAGGUUACUGCCCCUCAGUUGCUGAAAUAAUUGAAGAGAAAUGCCAAGAUACUCAUACAAGGUGGACCCAGGUAAAUCAAGACAUUGCCGACCAGCUGCAGAAGGCCCAGAGUCUGCUACAGCUCUGGAAGGCCUAUAACAGCGCUCACGCUGAAGCUGCAGCAAGGCUGGAGCAGCAGGAAGCGAAGUACCGACAGCUCGCAAACAUCAACAUGUCUGGAAACAACCUGGCAGAGAUCCUGACCCCCGCCCUGCAGGACAUAAAGGAGCUGCAGCAUGAUGUGCAGAAGACAAAAGAAGCCUUUCUCCAAAAUUCCACUCUCCUGGAUCGACUCCCACGGCCCACAGAGUCCAAUACCAGCGUGCUCCUCUCUGGUCAGCUGCACUCCCUCCAGAGGGCUUCUUACCUGGAAAAGAUGCUGCUUGUGAAAGCAAAUGAAUUUGAGGUGGUUCUAUCACAGUUCAAAGAUUUGGGGGACCAGUUGGAAUCUUUAAAACGUCUUAUUAUGCAUGAAGAAGAAAAUUUGGAUAAACUGUAUCAGCAAGAAAAAGAAGAAAAUCCUGACUUACUCCUGAAUCAUGUGCUGACACUGACAGCCCAGUCACCUGACAUAGAACACUUGAAUGAAGUAAGCCUCAGGCUCCCGCUCAGUGACAUCGCUGUAAAGACAUUACAAAACAUGAACCGGCAAUGGACUCGGACUACGGCGAAAGCACUGGAACGCUGCAGUGAGCUUCAGGGAACUGGAUUGAAUGAAAAGUUUCUUUAUUGCUGUGAAAAGUGGGUCCAACUUUUGGAGAAAAUAGAAGAGACGCUCAAGGCAAAUAUUGCUGACAGCCUUCCAGCUCUCCUGGACCAGCAGAAAACAUAUGAGAUGUUAGAAGCUGAAGUUUCUAUAAACCAGACAAUUGCUGAUUCCUACGUCACCCAGUCCUUACAACUCCUGGACACGACAGAAAUCGAGAAGAGACUGGAAUUUGUUUCGAAAUUCACGAGGCUGAAAGAUCAGUGGCAGAGUGCUGCCCAGGGCAUUCGGCAGAGGAAGAGCGACAUCGAUGGGCUGGUGAAGCAGUGGCGGUACUUCACGACCUCCGAGGAGCACGUGCUCCGCUUCCUCACCGAUACCAGCCACCUGCUGUCUGCAGUGAAGAGCCCGGAUUGCUACAGCCUCUCCCAAACUAGGAGCCUGAUCCAUGAGCUGAAGAAUAGAGAAAUUCAUUUUCAGAGAUGGCAGACUACCUAUGCACUAACCUUGGAAGCUGGGGAAAAGUUACUGAACACAACUAACCUGGAAACCAAGGAGUCAAUUGACAAGAGAAUCAGUCAACUUCAGGACAACUGGAAGGACACAAAGCUCCAAGUAGGAGAGAUGAUUAAACAGUUCCAGAGCAUUGUAGAGACCUGGGACCAGUGUGAAAAGAAAAUCAAGAAGUUGAAAAGCAGGCUGCAAGUUUUAAAGGCACAAAGUAAAGAUCCUCUUCCAGAACUUCAUGAGGACCUCCAUAAAGAAAAAGAGCUGAUUAAGGAACUAGAGAAGUCUUUGGCUAACUGGAUUCAGAACUUAAAAGAACUUCCCACUAUGAAGACCGACCUAACCCAGCACAUUCUUGUGGAGGACAUGAUGGUUGUAAAGGAGCAAAUAGAGCAUUUGCACAGACAAUGGGAGGACCUCUGCUUAAGGGUGGCUAUACGCAAACAGGAGAUUGAAGACAGACUCAAUUCAUGGAUUGUGUUCAAUGAAAAAAAUAAAGAGUUGUGUGCAUGGCUGGUGCAGAUGGAAAACAAAGUUCUACAGACAGCAGAUAUUAGUAUUGAAGAGAUGAUUGAAAAGUUACAGAAGGACUGCAUGGAAGAAAUAAACUUGUUUAGUGAAAACAAGUUACAGUUAAAGCAAAUGGGUGACCAGCUGAUCCAGGCCAGCAACCAGACGAGAGCAGCCGAGAUCGAUGACAAGCUCAGCAAAGUUAACGACCGCUGGCAACAUCUUUUUGAUGUCAUUGGAUCAAGGGUGAAGAAGCUGAAGGAGACCUUUGCUUUUAUUCAGCAGUUAGACAAAAACAUGAGCAACCUUCGCACCUGGUUGGCUCGAAUUGAGUCUGAGCUCUCUAAGCCCGUGGUUUAUGACGUCUGUGAUGAUCAAGAGAUCCAGAAGAGGCUCGCCGAGCAGCAGGACCUGCAGCGAGACAUUGAACAACACAGUGCGGGGGUGGAGUCCGUGUUUAACAUCUGUGAUGUCCUACUGCACGACUCCGACGCCUGUGCCAAUGAGACCGAGUGUGACUCCAUCCAGCAGACCACCAGAAGCCUGGACAGACGCUGGAGGAACAUUUGCGCCAUGUCCAUGGAGCGGCGAAUGAAAAUUGAGGAGACAUGGCGCCUGUGGCAGAAGUUUUUAGAAGAUUACUCUCGCUUUGAGGACUGGCUCAAGUCAGCCGAGAGGACAGCAGCCUACCCGAAUUCCUCAGAGGUGCUGUACACAAAUGCCAAAGAAGAGCUGAAGAGGUUUGAGGCCUUCCAGCGGCAGAUCCAUGAGCGGCUCACGCAGCUGGAGCUCAUCAACAAGCAGUACCGGCGGCUGGCCCGGGAGAACCGCACUGACACGGCCAGCAAACUGAAGCAGAUGGUCCACGAGGGCAACCAGCGCUGGGACAACCUCCAGAAGCGGGUCACAGCUGUCCUGCGGAGACUCAGACAUUUCACCAACCAAAGGGAAGAAUUCGAGGGGACCAGGGAGAGCAUUCUCGUGUGGCUCACGGAGAUGGACCUGCAGCUGACCAAUGUGGAGCACUUCUCGGAGAGCGAUGCCGACGACAAGAUGCGCCAACUGAACGGUUUCCAACAGGAAAUUACAUUAAAUACCAACAAGAUUGACCAGCUCAUUGUGUUUGGGGAGCAGCUCAUUCAGAAGAGCGCGCCCCUGGAUGCCGUGCUGAUUGAGGACGAGGUGGAGGAGCUCCACCGGUACUGCCAGGAGGUGUUUGGCAGGGUCUCCCGCUUCCACCAGCGGCUCACCUCCCACGCACCGGGCUUGGAAGAUGAAAAGGAGGCCUCUGAGAAUGAAACGGACAUGGAAGACCCCAGAGAGAUCCAGACUGACGCUUGGCGUAAAAGGAGAGAGAAGGAGGAGCCCUCGUGUCCUCAGUCCCUUUGUCCUCUGGUGCCCCCGGCACCGGGGCCCGAGCGGUCUGGCUGUGAGACCCCUGUCAGUGUGGACUCCAUCCCUCUGGAGUGGGAUCACACAGGUGACGUGGGGGGCUCCUCCUCUCACGAAGAAGACGAGGAGGGUCCAUACUACAGUGCGCUGUCAGAUGUAGAAAUCCCUGAAAAUCCUGAGGCAUAUCUUAAAAUGACCACAAAAACUUUGAAAGCGUCUUCUGGUAAAUCCAUUUCUGAGGGCCACUCGUGGCAUGUUCCUGACAGUCCUUCCUGUCCCAAGCAUCGCUACAAACAAGUGGGAGGUGAUAGGAAUGUACAACCCGUCCCCUCAGAUUCCAGCACCCCUUACAAACUAGGCUAUGUCAAGCUGCUGUUAUCUCCAGGCACUGAUGGUGGCAAAGAAGGCUCACAAGCCUUGAAUGGCAGCCCACAGCAGGAAGACAAAGGGCUGGCUGGUCUACCUGGGCAGCAGUCAGGUGCUUUUGACAGAUGGGAGCUGAUUCAAGCACAAGAACUUCACAAUAAACUCAGAAUAAAACAAAACUUGCAGCAGCUUAACUCUGAUAUCAGUGAUAUCUCCACUUGGCUGAAAAAAACAGAAGCAGAGGUAGAAACAUUGAAGAAGGCAAAGCCUGCGGAUAUUUGGGAAAUGGAACUCAGAGUGAAGAAACUGAAGGAGAUAUUAAAAGCCUUUGAGACCUACAAGGCUUUAGUGGCCUCUGUCAAUGUGAACAGCAAGGAAUUUCUACAAACCAAGAGCGCCGAAGCCAAAGAGCUCCAGGGCAGAGUCGGCCAGCUGAGCCUGCACUGGGACGCGGCGCAGGGCGCGGUGGAGAGCUGGAGAGAGGGCUUACGGCAGUCACUCAUGCAGUGCCAGGACUUCCACCAGUUGAGUCAAAAUCUGCUACUGUGGUUAGCGAGUGCCGAGAGCCGGAGACAGAAGGCCCGUGUCACUGACCCAAAGGCAGCCCCCCAGGUUCUCCUGGAGCGUCAGGAACAACUAAUGCAACUGGAAAAGGAGCUGGUGGAACGUCAACCUCAAGUAAACUCAUUACAAGAGAUUUCAAACAGCCUUCUUAUUAAGGGGCAUGGAGAUUAUAUUGAAGCUGAAGAGAAGGUACAUGUUAUUGAGAAGAAACUCAAACAGCUACUUGAGCAAGUGUCCCAAGACUUAAUGUCCUUACGGAGAAGCCAGAACCAAGACUCGUCUCUGCCUGGCUUGGACGAGGUAGAUGCUGGAGACCAGCCUCUCGCAGCAUCUGUGCCAGCUCCCCAAGCGAAGCAGUUUGGAGCAGAGAGAACUACAAAAGACAAGAACAAGACAGACAGCAGGGCACCCAGCUCGGCGGGCCCCGGCAGCUCAGUGCCUCAGCGCUCCUUCCUCUCCCGGGUCAUCAGGGCGGCGCUGCCCCUGCAGCUGCUCCUGCUGCUGCUGCUGCUCCUGGCCUGCCUGCUGCCCUCCUCCGAAGAGGACUACAGCUGCACUCAGGCCAACAACUUUGCGCGGUCCUUCUACCCCAUGCUGAGGUACACCAACGGGCCGCCCCCCACAUAGAGGGCUCAGCCCGGCCUGCAGUGCCACACCACCAGCCCGUUUACUCAGGUGCCCACCUCGUGGCCCAGACCAACCUGUGAGUGACUGAGCAUUGGCACGGUCCAGGGACCUGCUGUGGACUCCUCGCUCUGGGCUUGGCCAGAGAGGGCUCUCUCGGAACCCAGGACAGGGAAGCUGGGAGCAGCUGCCCCGGGCACUGUGGCAAUGCUCGUUGAUUGGUUUCAGGAUCUCUGGAAACUGCAGUUUCCUGACGAGCCGAGCACUUUGUGAAUUCUGAUUUAUUUGUAAAACCACAUUAUUAAAAUGUAGCAAAUAUGGUCAGUGAACAGUAGUGUUCAUCACAUACAAUAUAUAUUAUAGAAACAAGCAAGCAGGUGCCACCUUAGAAAUGGUUCAGAAAUUCACAUGCAUGCUGGGCUGAUUGAUUGAAACAAUCGUAUUUAAAAUGUUUAGAAUUAAUUUUACUCCAAUCAGAUAGCCAUCUUGAGCUACAACUUAUAAACCAAAAUGUUCUGUUCAGUACCUACGUCUGCUCUUUUAUAUGCUUUAAAUUUUUAAAGAAAUUAUAUUGCAUGGAUGUGGUUAUUUGUGCAUAUUUUUUAACAAUGCUGAAUCUGUAUGAAUAAUGUAAACAUUGAUUUUUUUAAAAAAAAUCAGAUUUUAGCUUGAGCUUUUGACUAAUGUACAGUAAAUGCCAAACUACAGACUUUGUAGGGACAUUUUUUUUGUAAGUUAAUUUUAUAAGACUUUUCACAUUUAAAGUGAUGCUUCAGGUUUUGUUGAACUGUUUGGCCACAGGGGGUUGGUACAGAAACUUGAAGCUGUUUGUGGUAUGUACAACGUAGAUGUUUCUCAUUAAAACAAACAAACAAAAAAAAA